AUGUUGCCGAACAAACCAGGGGUCGAGGAACCGAUUGCUGUGCGGCAAGAAAACUCGUAUCUGGAGGCACAAGGUGAAGUCGACGAUGAAAACAUUCCGUUAGGUGAGGGAGUGUUUCAGAAACGACUACUGAUCAUCAGCGUCCUGACCGGUGUCAUCAGCUAUGCGCAGAACGAGCUCUUCUGGAUGUCGUGGCGCGAGAUGGACCACUGGUGCCGCCGGCCGAGCGCAUUCUUUAACAUGAGCGUGGCCGCAUGGAAGGAGUUGGCCAUUCCGCGUUACACCAACGGAAGUUACAGCCGCUGCACGGUGCGCGUUCCGCUGGAAGGCGGCAUUUGGGCCCGCGUCGAGCCUUGCGUUCAAUGGGAGUUCGACCUGGACGAGCACGGCAACACCGCUGUCAGCGAGUGGAGUGUCGUGUGUCAGCGGGCACGCCUGGCCGACGCCGCCCAGGCUGCGCACCUCUUCGCCAUGACCGUCACGCUUAUGGCGGUGGGCCCUAUUGCCGACCGCAUUGGACGCAAGACGGUGGGAAUCCUGGCGCUCGCGGUUUUGCUGCCCACGCUGGCGGCGACCGGCGUUGCGAGCGACCUUCAGACAUUCAUCGUUGUGCGUUCAGUCACAGCGGCAGCCUCGGUCGGCCUCUUCGUCAUCAGAGUGCUGCUGUUCGAGAUAACGACCACGACCCGCCGACUGCUUUACACCACCAUCGGCUCCACUCUCGUUUCUCAUCCCGCGAUUGUUUCUAUCUUUCGCGUACGUGUCGAAGGCUAG